AGCGCAGCAAGAUGGCGACCGAGACGGUGGAGCUUCACAAGCUAAAGAGCACUUCUUAAACUUUUGGAGGUCACAGAUAUCUUUGAAACUCUGAUGAAAGGUAUGGACCCUCUCCCCAGAAAAAGGCAUGUACAAUACUUUGCAUGCAAUUUAAUGGGCUCCACAAAAUUACCUUGUAGCCCUGAGGAGUCCAUAGACCUCUCGUUAAGAACUCAUAUAAAUUCUGGCUUUGAAGACAGUGUUAGGCUUUAGUGUUAACCUUGAUUGAAUAAUCUGACUUUUUGGCUUGACUAAGAGUUUCUAUUUUAUUUCAUUUAUCUUUGAGAAAGGGACUUUCUAUAUAACGCUUUCUGGCCUUGAACUCUAAGGCUGGCUUAGAAUUCACUCUUUGUCUCUGUCUCCCAGUGCUCUGUUUAAAGGCAAGCGCCACCUCUCCUGGCCAAUUUUGGGUUUUUAAUAAAAAAAAAAAAAAAAAAAAAAAAGCGCCACUUCCCAAGUUGGGUGGUGGCACACGCCUUUAAUCCUAGCACUCAAGAGGCAGAGGCAAGUGACUGUGAGUUUAAGGCCAGCCUAUUAUAUAGAGCAAGUUUCAGGAUGGCCUAAGUGAUACAGAGAAACCCUGUCUCAAAAAACAAAAAACAAAAACAACAAAAAACAAAUUAAAAACCUCUUUUCAAGCUGGGCAUAGUAGUGCAUGUUUCUAGUUUCAGCACUAGAAGAGACGAGACAGAAGCAGGUGGAUUUCUGUGAAUCCCAGGCUAUUUUGGUCUACAUAGUGAGUUCCAGGACAGCCAGGGUAACAUGGAAAGAUCCUGUUUCAAAACAACAAAAACCAAACUCUUUCUGUUUUUAUAAAGAGAAAUUGAGGACUUUAGUUUAAAGGAAAGGAAUAAGUUUUGAAGUAGGAAGGACAAAAACAUUUGCAUUGAUAUAAAAGUCCGUAUCAAAUGCAAAUGUCUGAAAAUUCUGUGGCAGUAUAGUAGACAGAACCAGCAAGAUCUAUAAUAGUGUCAUAGUGUAUUGAACACUAUUAUAAAAUAUUUGUGUUAUUAAAACAUGAAGUAUGUAAAUGUUGUUUCUAAUAGUUUUGAAAGUUAGUAAAACUGGCUAUAAAAGUAAAUUGGAAUGAUGAUGAGAGGGUGAGGUUUUUGUUACUGUUUUUUAAUCUUUGUGUGUUCUUUUGUAUAAACGCAUGUAAUCUGUGGAAGUCAGAGGACAGCCUCUAGUGUCCAUUCUUGUCUGCCACCUUGUUUGAGACAGGAUCUCUUGUUCCAUGCUGCCUAUUUGAGGUGUGCUCUGUCCCUUACAAGUAAUCCUGAUGAGCUUGCUGAACUAAAGCAAGAAUGUCUUGCUCGUGGUUUAGAGACCAAGGGAAUAAAACAAGAUCUUAUCAAUAGGCUCCAGGCAUAUCUUGAAGAACACGCUGAAGAGGAAGCAAAUGAAGAAGAUGUACUGGGAGAUGAAACUGAGGAAGAAGAACCAAAGCCCAUAGAGCUGCCUGUUAAAGAGGAAGAACCUCCUGAAAAGGCUGUUGAUAUGGCAUCAGAAAAGAAGGUGGUAAAAAUUACAUCUGGAAUACCUCAGACUGAGAGAAUGCAGAAGAGGGCUGAACGAUUCAAUGUACCUGUAAGCUUGGAGAGUAAGAAGGCUGCUCGGGCAGCUAGGUUUGGAAUUUCUUCAGUUCCAACAAAAGGUUUAUCAUCUGACACCAAACCUAUGGUUAACCUGGAUAAACUAAAGGAAAGAGCACAGAGAUUUGGUCUGAAUGUCUCUUCCAUCUCUAGAAAGUCUGAGGAUGAUGAGAAGCUGAAAAAACGGAAGGAGAGAUUUGGGAUUGUGACAAGUUCAGCUGGAACUGGAACCACAGAAGAUACAGAGGCAAAGAAAAGAAAAAGAGCAGAGCGUUUUGGGAUUGCAUAAUGAAAAGUUCAUGCUUUCUGCCCCAUAGUGGUUUCAUUUCUCAAAUUUUUUUUGGUUUUAUACACACACACACACACACACACACACACACACACACACACACACACCCCUACCCCUACCUAUCUACAUACACAGUCAUGUGCCUCACAGUGAGGAAGCAUGUACAUUUGGUACAUCCUUGAAUUCAGUAGCAGUUUUAUUUAACUGCUCUUCUGCAUUUAAGAUUGUUGUGGUUUUUGUUUUUAAUUAUUUUUGCUUAUUAAUAAAAAAGGAGGAAAAGAAAAUGUGUUUUAUUAG